UCUUUAAUUCAAUCAAACACAACCCAACGUUCCCCGUCUAGUUCUUUUUACUUACUUACACUCACUGUUGCAAGGCUUGUUCAAACCCUCGAAUUCUUAAUCUUCUUCACGAAUUUUCCGGAGAUCAUUGUUCAGGGUUUCUGGGUUUCGAUUUUCGUUUUGAAUUGAAGCACUUUGCUUAUCCUCUGGUUAUGAGAGCAUGGGGAACGACGCUCGACCUAGUCGGCAAGGUAAAGAUGAUGAAACUAGCAAUUUGAAGGGAAAACAAAGCAGUGACAAAGGGUUAAGUACUUCUAGCUCUGCUACAUCUGAUACAUUUGGGCUAAGAAGGUCUUCUAGAGAGACAUCUGAGAUGAAGAAGGUGGUUCCAAGCGUCCGCAAGUCCGAGAGGCUCGAGAAGCGAGUGCCAAUGACCCCCCCGGAGAAGGGGAAGUCGGAGAAAGUGGAGAAGAAAUUGACGCCUAGUCCUCUUAGAAGGUCUGAUAGGGGAAAGAGCUCAGUGUCACCUUCAUCUGUAUCAAAAAACGCGGCCAAUAGCUCGAGUUUGUCCCCAUUGAAGCGGAAGAAGAAGAAGAAAAGUAAAAAAGAGAAGAGUGUAAGACAAUUAACUCUAGAAACUAAAAAAGUUGAUAUUGAAACGCAGGAUCAAGAAUGUCGUAGAGUGAAAAAGAAGAGGAAGAGAUUGGAUGCUCAGACCUACAUGGGGGCUUUCAAGACACCAAAGGCAAAGAAGGUUAAAGCAAAAGGAAAUGAGACGAUGGAAGAUAAAGAUGGGGGAAAGGAGGCAUCCGGCUCUAGUAUGGAGCCUGGUUAUGAGAAGGAAGCUUUUGAGCUUGAAGAUGGGGAUGCCCUGGGAGCCUCUAGCAUUGGCGAAUCUGCAACAGCAACAAUAUUAUCCAACGAUAAUGAUACCAGAAUGGAAAAGAUUAUUGAUGAACCUGACACAAAAGAAGUAGAUUCUACUACAUCAGGAAAGGCGAAUGAACCAAAGUUGAUGGAUUCUUCAUUCAGCAAAAGUAGUAUGGAAGAUCAGGUUGGCAGAAAAAGCGAUCAGGAAAUCAUGCCUUCAACUAGUAAAAGAAUUAUGUUGGAUGAGAGCUCUAAUGCUCUGGGAAAAAAUGCAAGUAUGGAAGUGUGCACCACAAUUGCCCAUGUCGCCCCUGUUGAGAAAGUUGACUCAUAUUCUUCGAGACAAAGGGUGGACCUUGAUUCAACAGGGGGCAGGUUAUCCUCGGACAAUUUAAACUUGAAUCAAGAAAUAGCUGCAACCUUUUCAACUAUGGAUAGAGGGGAACGUGAAAUCGGUGAGAAGUGUGACAAGCAUAUGCAACAAAAGAAAUCUCCCGAAGAUCUUCAGAUCGUUGGUGAACAAUAUACAUGUUUCACAUGCAAGGUCGGGGGAAGGCUAUUGUGCUGCCAUGGAAGAGAGUGCAAAAGAAGCUAUCAUCCCACUUGUCUAGAUCCUCCUAUGGAUGAUGUCCCCCUUGGAGUUUGGUACUGUCUUAUGUGUGUCAGGAAGAAGUUAGAAUCUGGUGUACAUUCAGUGUCGGAGGGAGUAGAGUCAAUCUGUGAUGACAGGGUAGUGGAAGUAUUGGAUGUUGAUGGAUUGCAAAAAGAAAGGGAGUUUUUUGUUAAAUACAAAGGACUUGCACAUAUUCACAAUCUUUGGGUACCAGAAAGUAAGCUGCUUCUAGAUGCUCCAUCACUUGUUGAAAAAUUCAACAGAGAAAAUCAGGUAAGAUGGAAGCCAGAGUGGAAGGUUCCUCAUCGUUUAUUGCAGAAAAGAUUGUUGAUUUCCCCCAAGCGGCAUGACCAGAAUACUAUUACUAAUCAUGCUUGUAAAAAGUUAGAUGGGCAUUAUGAGUGGCUUGUGAAAUGGUGUGGUCUUGAAUAUGAGCAUGCUACAUGGGAGUUGGAUGAUACUUUGCUUAGUACAUCUGAUGGUAAAAGCCUUAUAAAGGAUUAUGAGAACAGACACAGCAGGGUGAAUGAGGAUUCUUCUUCUAAAAAAGACAAGAUACUUGAGAGUGAAAAGUUUUUACAACUGCACUCUGGAAGGUCAUCUCAGUUUUGUAGUGAAUGUCAAGAUUACAAUAACAAGCUACAUGAGUUUUGGCUCAAAGGCCCGAAUGCUGUUGUCAUUGAUGAACAGGAGAGAAUCUUGAAGGUGGCAUCACUGAUUCAAUCAUUUCGCCCUAACUGUUGUCAGCCUUUUCUCAUUAUAUCAACUUCGGCAGCCCUUCAUUUGUGGGAUGAUGGAUUCCUUCAGUUUGUCAAUGUUGUGGUUUACAAUGGGAACAAAGAUCUAAGAAGAAGUAUUAGAAAACUGGAGUUUGAUGAGGGAGGCUGCCCAAUGUUUCAAGUACUUAUAACAACACUGGACAUUGUUAUGGAGGAAAUGGAUGUGUUUAGGAGUAUAGAAUGGGAAUUGAUUAUUAUUGAUGAAUGCCAGUGCCCUAUAAUCUCUUCACAUUAUGUUGAAAUUAAACAUUUAACUACGAAAAGAAGGCUUCUUCUUGUCAGUGGUCAACUAAAGGAGACCAUCGCUGAAUACCGGAACUUGCUAUCUUUGCUAGAGUCUCGUUCUGACUCGCAAAGUAAAGAGUCAUUGCUAGUCAGUUCCUGUGAUAAUAUUGGUAAACUGAAGGAGAAGUUUUUAAGGUAUGUUGCUUAUCAAAGCAAGUCGGGAUCUUCAAGAUUCAACGAGUACUGGGUUCCUGUCCAGAUGUCAAAUGUGCAGCUUGAAGUGUACUGCAGCACUUUGAUUUCAAACUCUACCUUACUUUGUUCAUCUCCAAAGAACAUUAUUGUUGGAUCAGUCCAUGAUAUUCUGAAGUCUUGUCGAAAGUGUUGUAAUCACCCUUACUUAGCAGAUAGCAGCAUCAUAAAGGUGAUUACUAAAGACCUACAAGGAGAUGAGUAUUAUACUGCUGGAAUAAAAGCAUGUGGCAAGCUUCAACUUCUUCAUAUGAUGCUUUUGGAGAUACAAAAGCGGGGUUUACGAGUGCUUAUCCUUUUCCCCGGCACCGCGGAUUUAGGAACGGGUUCUCUGGGAAACAUUUUGGAGGACCUUUUAAUAACAAAAUUUGGAGAUAAUUUUUAUGAGCGUGUUGAUUACAGUAUCAAACAUUCUAAGAAGAUUGCUGCUGCUGCUGCGAGUAAAUUCAACAAUGAGUCCGAAAGAUUUGUUUUCUUAAUAGAAAACCGUGCUUGUAAUUCCAGCAUCAAAUUGUUUUCUAUUGAUAUUGUCAUCAUAUACAGUAGUGACUGGAACCCGGUGAAUGAUGUGAGAGCCCUGCAAAAGAUAACUCUUGAUUUAAAAUCUGAGCAGGUAACAACAUUUCGUUUGUAUACACCUUAUACAUUGGAAGAAAAGGUUCUACUUCUUGCAAAGCAAGGGAAGUCUCCUGAUGGUAAGCUACCAAACAUAAGCUUGAGUAUGAGUCACAUGCUACUAAUGUGGGGGACGGCUCAUCUAUUUAAGACUUUGGAUAAGUUCCAUGGUGAGGGUGUAACCACAUCUUCCGCAAGAAGAUUGUUUAAGGAACCAUCAUUGGAGGAUGUUAUCAAGGAUCUUUUGCAGAUUAUAUCUUCAGAUAGAAAAGGCAGUGAGUCCUCAAUCAUCAUGCAUGUUCCACAAGUUGGAGGAAUUUACCGCACAGAGUCUUUGUUAUAUAGUGAGCUACAAAGUGAAGUUAUGGACAAAGUUCAACCUCAUUUGUUUUGGACAGAAAUGUUGGAAGGAAAACAUCCUCAGUGGAAGUAUAUACCAAAUUCUUCACAGAGAAAUCGAAAAAGGGUACAUUAUUCUGAAGAGACAGCAAACAACACAGAAACUGAGAGUGAUGAAAUUUUUAAGAAGCGCAAGAAGCUUGUAAAUGGUAGAGUAGAUCCACCCCCUAUAGAUUUUGGAUCAGAUGGAAAAACAGUCUCUAGCUGUAAAGAAGUGUCUUAUUCUGUAGGAGCAUUUGGAACAACUACAGAUAAUCAGCAACGAAGGAAAAUGCUUGAUGCACAAAAGAGUCUCCAUCUUUCUUUGAAGCCUGAGCUAUUAAAACUUUGCAAGAUUCUAAAACUCUCGGAUCCUGCUCGGGGUGUGGUUGAAAAGUUUCUUGAGUAUGUGAUGAAUAACCAUCUUGUCAAUAGAGAAUCAAAUACAACACUGCAGGCUUUUCAGAUAUCUCUGUGUUGGACUGUAACCUCUUUGCUGAAGCAGAAGAUUGACCACAAAGAAUCACUUGAACUGGCAAGACAACAUCUCAACUUCGAAUGUAAGAUAGAAGAGGCAGAACAUUUAUAUUCAAUGUUGAGUUGCCUAAAGAAUAUAUUUUCAUAUCGGAUUGGGAAACUUAAGUAUGUGGACUCACCAAAAGUUCCAAUAUUAACUACUACUGAUACCUUGAAGGACCUCGCACAAGUAAAUGGUCCACUCUCUGUGCCUUCUAACACGGGAAAGGUUAAAGUAGGGGUUGAGGACUGUACAGGGAAUCUGGAAUAUUUUGACAAAGUUCUGUGUACACUGGCAGAAAAAGAUGUUAUCAAGAGUAUUAAGGAAAUUCAAAAGAUGUUCCAGAAGAAAUUGGAGAAGCUCAUUCAAAAGCUCAAGGAAGAAAAAAAUGAGAUAGAGCAGAAUUAUGAAGAAGGAAAGACACGAAUACAGAAAAAUCAUAAACUCAAAAGAGCUGCUUUACUUGCAUGUUUUGAGCAUAAUACUUCAAUGAGAGAGUAUAAACUUAAGUUAGUGGAUAAUUCUUUUGCUAAAGAAUUGGAAGAAGUCAGGAGCAAGAGGGAUAUGUGCGUUAAGAAUCUUGAGACCAAUCAUAUUGCUGACAAGAAAAGGUUGCAAGAGAGAGAGUCUCACUGGGUGAAGGAGGUGGAAUCCUGGGCUCAUGAUGAAUUGCUGGGAAAAGCACCUAUGAAUGAAGCUGUUACUGGGUUGAAAUGCUCACAGACGAGUGAACAAGUUAGAGUUGAAGGCUCUGGAUCUCUUAAGCAGAAUACAAUUGGACCUGUAAGUGAUGCUCAAGUGAUGGUCCCUGCUGAUCCUUCUGCCAAGAUGUGCAUCCCUCCUGUUGGAGCUACUCCAAGCACCUUAGACGGGAAGGUCACACCCGAAGCACCUGAAAAUGGUGCCCAUACUGUUGUUGCAGAAAAGUUUGUUUCUACUGCGAGGUCUUCAUGUGAAGCACAAAUCCUUGAUAAAUGUACCUCAUUCGUUCCUGAGACUGCAAGUUCCACUCAUGAUGUGAUGAUUGUUGAUGCUCUAGUACAAAUGUCAGCUGAAGAACAAAUUCCACACAGAGUAACAUUAAAUGUGCCUGAAGGAGGUAUCCCAUUUUCAGUACUAAAAUCUACUCACCUGGACGUAGAUAUUGAUCAUAGUGGAGAAAAAAAUGAUGAAAUCUGCAAUGUCACAUCAAAUGGGGAUGCUGUCAUCAACCAGCAGGAUAGAGUGGAUAAUGCUUUCAAUCAGAAUUCUCAUUUCCGGGAGCCGUCACUGGUAAAUCCAUGUGUGCAGCCUGCGGUGACUUUGACUGAUGGUGAAGCAGUGUCACCUAAUCAGGUGCACCUAGAUGAAUGUGAUUCGCCACCAAUAUCUUGUGGACCACAGUGUGUAGAUGCUCAACCAGCUAAUAAGCAGAAUGCAUUAGAAGAAGUUGAACAGUUGGCAUCAGAACCAAUUGAUUUAUCCACUCAGUCUGUUGACGCAUUGGAGCCUGCAGCGCAAGUGCAUGUAUCCCAGUCUAAUUCAGCUGUUAUACGUGUGGUUGAGGAAAGUGGAUGUCAGCCAAGUGAUGAAGGUUUCACCUCUAUACAGGUUUCCCAUGCUCCAGUGGAACUUGUUGAGAACUCUCAAUUUUCAAAUCAAGCUGUUUCAUAUCCUAUAACAAGUUCAAUAAAUGCAUCCAUUAGGAAUCCAGGAAUGCAUGUUCCUGAGUCAAGGACCAUGUCUGUUGCUUCUGAAUCUAUUAAUCAUCUUGCACAACCCAUGCCUCCAGUGGUAUCAUGGGUGGGUCCACCCUUGAACCCUGAUCCACUUCAGAUGGAACUGGAGCGAUUAUGCCAAGAAUUUGAUCAAACUCGUAAAAGCUAUGAUGAUACGAAGCUGCAUCUAAAAUGUGACCAUGAGAAGGAGAUUGCUGAAAUUAAUAAGAAGUAUGAGACAAUGAACAGGGAGAUCGAUAAUGAGUUUUAUGUAAAAAAUAAGAAUUUUGAUGAUCUUCGCAGCAAAUUAUGGUUGAAUAAAAUCUUGGCUGAGGCAUUCAGAUCAAAGUGCGAAUAUAGGUCAAUUGAUAGGACUGGAAUGCAUCAAGAUGUGAAUGCCGCUGUUAUGCAGCAUCUGGUUCAGUUACAUUCUAUGCAACAAAAUGCACAAAGGCCUCCUUUUGUUGCUACAUCUUCAGCCUCUCCAGUUUCUGCCAUGCAAAAUGUACAAAGGCCUAUUGUUGUUACAUCUUCAGCCUCUCCAGCUACCACAGUGCAAAAUGCCCAAAGGCCUCUCCCUGUUGCUACUUCAGCCUCUCCAGCUACCACUGUGCAAAAUGCACAGAGGCCUCUCUUUGUUGCUACAUCUUCAGCCUCUCCAGCUACUACCAUGCAAAAUGUACAAAGGCCUAUUUUUACAUCUUCAGCCUCUCCAGGUACUAUCAUGCAAAAUGUACAGAGGCCUAUUGUUACAUCUUCAGCCUCUCCAGCUACCACCGUACAAACUGCACAAAGGCCUCCCAUUGUAUCUACAUAUUCUGCCUCUCCAGCUACCACCAUGCCAAAUGCACAAAGGCCUCUCCUUGUUCCUACAUCUUCAGUCUCUCCAGCUACCACCUUGCAAAAUGCACAAAGGCCUCUCAUUGUUCCUACAUCUUCAGCCUCUCCAGCCACCACCGUAAAAAAUACACAUAGGCCUUUCCCUGUUCCUACAUCUUCAGCCUCUCCAGCUACUACCGUUCCAGUUUCAGGAUGUGAGCUGAAUUCACAGCCUUCCCUACCUGCUUCGGUAAUCAGCUCCAAUAAUACACCUGUGUUAGCUUCAGGAUGUGAACUGAAUCCACAGCUGUCCUUACCUACUCCGGUAAACAUCCCCCAUACUACUACACCUGUGCCAACUGUUAAUCCUUCGUCUGCUCCCUUUCCAAGUACUACAACAAGACCUCCCCAGAUCAGUUCCCUCUCCUAUUCAACUGGAAAUCUCCAAGGCAGUGGUCAGAUUCGAUCCCGGCCACCGCAUCUCCGAGCAUCUAUACCCAAUCUUCCUUCUCAUCCAGGAGGAAUACAAACACAGCCGACAACUAGCCCUGCCUCUGCAGUAAACGCACUUCCCAAUUUACCACUGCCGCUGCAGUCCUCUGUGCAUCAAUCAGGUCCUUCUGAUAGGGCCCUUCGUCCAGAAGUUGCUCGAGAGUUGCCUACCUUCUCUAGAUUAUCUGCCUUGGAGCUACUGAGGAAGGUUGAUCGUCGAGCGGCUGCAAGUCAACCAUUUAGUUCGCCUGCAGUACCAGAUUUAGUCUCAAAUAUUGAAGGGUUGAAUACCUCUGAACUUAGCCAAAGUAGUCGACAGGUUAACUCAAUCGGCACAGGUGGACCAACUGACGUAGUUUAUUUGUCAGAUGACGACUAACCAGUUACAUUAAUACAAACCUUACACUCUUUGGGUCCUCAACCCUGGGCGUAUUUUUGACAUGACCGACCAAGGUAGAGGGAAGAAAUAGUAGCUCAUUGUAAUUGCAAGGCUUUUGCAGCUUUACUUUACAUAAUGAUGUCUUGUGUAUAUAAGAAAGUUUAUUCUUCUCAUCCUUCCUUCUGCCUACCUUGAUAGGAGGCAUUCAUCAUCCAUUCAGCAAAAUUAUAAUUUUACAUGAGGUCAUCGUUUAUACUCUGGUGAAGAAAAGUCGUUUUAGGAAGAGGAUUAUCCAAUGAAAAGAAAAUAUAUCUACAUAUAAAUAUUUUCACAUUUAAGGUUGAAUUCAUGAAAAGCUCCUUGAACUUUCUUCUCCUUUAUGUUGUUUUUUUAAAAUCUACCAUGUGUUACAAAUGAACUCUGAACUCCUGUGAUGUAUCAUUUGUAGUACAAAUUUUGGGCUCAAGUGUAGGAUAGGAUAAAAGAGACUUGACUGAAUCUGUAAGUAAUGAGGUAGGACCAUGGGUGGAUCUGUUUAUUAGAUCGCUUUCAAUUGGUUCUAGUUCUAGUACUAAGACCUUUUAUAUAAAGUGUUAAUUCGGCACAAUUUUAGCCAACUAA